AUGGAUGAAGUGAAGAUUAUUGAUAUCAAUGAUACUACAGAGCUUUCUAUCGGCGAUUCUAAACAGACAAAGAAUGAUGUUGUAGUGUUGAUCUCAUCAGAGGGUGAUGACGCGAAAUCACCGUCAAAUGAUAACUUAUAUGACAAGCUCACAAGAUCAUUUGCCGACAGUAUAAUCUCCCAGCCAGUAGAAGAUGACGAUGUAGUGCUUCUAGAGAAUAAUGCUAGUAUAAGCUUCUCUUUUGAGGUAGAGGGACGAUUCCAGAACGAUACCGCUAUUGAAUCACAAGAAGAAGAAAAAGAGGUGGAUCAUGGCGCCAAAAGCGAUAGACAAACACAGUCUCAACUAACCCAAAACUUCAAAAGGUCUCAAUCUCGGCUAUUAGAUGAUAUUGAAAAUAGUCCUGUUUCAUUAUCUUUACUUAGCGAUGACGAGGAGGAUUGUCAGCCGCCACCAUCGCGAGGACAAUUAUCGCAAAAAGUUCUAGUAACGAUUCCUCAAUCUUCGCCCAUUGGAUCACGUAUGGGCAGCUACAACUAUAAUGCGGUAACGUCUUCCCCUACUUUACGGAAAACACAGUCACAAAUACAUAAGCCAAUAAGGACGAAACCUAUAAAUGAAAGAACAGAAUCCCCAAUUUCUCCUAUAAGUGGAAAUAACAAGCUCAGACGGCCAUAUUCCGGCAGUCUACCGCUGCCAAGAACCAACUUAUAUUCAAACUCAUCGAGUAUUCGCAAAGACGCCGCCAAUGCUUCUACAGAUUUGUCUAGUGUGGCCUUAGAUCUCACCAAAUAUAUGGAUUAUAAUGAUAACUCUCGUAAAGUGAAGAAAAGACGCAAAUCACCAGAAGCAAACGGAGAAGACUCUAUGAUCAUAGAUUCGGAUGAUAGUUAUCUGGUAAAAGAUAAUGAAAGACCAUUGUUUGUCGAGAAUUCUUCUCAGAGCACACCAGUUAACUCAAAGAAACGUUCCAUUAAAUACACUGAAGAUGAUAAUUUGGACGAGGGACUAAUAAUGGUCAAUGCAAGACCGUUCUCAGAUCAGGAGUAUCAUGAAAUGACGAAGAAAUGCUUGAGUUCAUCAGAAAUGAAAAAGCUUUAUAAUGAAUGCAACAAAGUCACAAGAACAGAGGAAUCGAUAGCUAAUGAGAUGGUUUUAACUAUAAACCACAAAAUUAUGAAUCUGAUUCAAUCUAAACACAUAUCGCUAGCUGACGAUUUGAAGCCCCUAACGAUUAUUAACAACUAUGAAGAGUUCCCUAUAAUACGGUUCAAAAGGAAGUGCACAUCAAUAUACGACCAAACCCACGGUAUAUUCUAUCCAUGCGAAGAAACUAUUGCUGAUGAAUCUAUAUGUGUGCUUGUAUAUGAGGCUUUACCUUUCUUCCAUCGGUACAGGACAGACAAGAAAGGACUGUGGGACGAAAUAAGACAGUUUUCGAAGAAUGGGAUGAAAGUUAUAGUGGUGAUAUACGGACAAAACGCAUUACGGAAGAAAAUGUGUAACAUGGAAAAUCGUCAGCACGAGAACAGGGUUCUGGAGAGUUUGCCUCGAAGUGCCUCGAGCCAAACUCAGACACAAAGUCAAAGUCAAAGCCAAAGUCAAAGCCAAAGCCAAAAUGUGAACUUGAAUUUCACUCUCACUCAGAGCCAGCCAUCGAAGCCAAGGGGACGCAAACCAACCCUCGAGGCUAAAAUUAAAGAGCUAAACAUGCGUUCGAAGGAUUUAGAAAGAGUCAUAAAUGAGGUGACAAUUUAUGCAAACGUGGAUGUGUUUCCAAUAGAAAACUUGAACGAGUUUUCCAAUUGGAUGAAGAAUUUAGUGUGGGUUGUAGGUAAAAUGCGGUAUGAUGUUUCUGUCAAGUACAAAGAAUGGUCCCAUUUGAACGUGAAAAGUGGGAAAUCACCAACGGAUGUGCUUUUCAACUUCCUCAAACAGAUAGCGCAUGUUAAUGAGCCUAAAGCGAAAAGAGUUGUGUCACAUUACAAAACAUUCCAGUCACUUGCUGAUGAUAUGAAAGCCGGCUACGUUGCGCGGAGCAACGAUGACAAACCUUUGAUGUUAAAAUCUCUGGAGAGAGCAUUACACACAUUAUACACUUCGGAUAAUCCGAACGAUUUAAUAUUCACUGAUUGA